AUGAGUCAUAUGGCACAGUCUAUGCGAUUGCAACAAUUCUCUGUCCAUCAAAGAAGACUUCGAUACUUUGAUAAUGCGGAUUGGAGAGGAAAAAAUGAGAAAGGAGAGGAAGUCGAUUUCAUGAAGCAUUACCGGGAGGUUUUACAGAAGGAGUUUAAGCGAUAUCAGCAGCAGGUUAUCCAGGAAACAGAACCGGUUGAUAACCAAGCAAUCUUUGAUCCUGCUGAAAAUGAGCUUGAGCUAUUAUGUGAAUCACAGACAGCUCUACAAGCUGAAGUGGAUCAACCGGAGGAUGAAAUAACACGGUAUUUGGCAAAAGGGCUCACAAAAGGUAAUCCUCGGGUCUUCUGGAAGGAGCAUGAGCACGAGUAUCCAGUCCUUGCAAAGAUUGCACGAGAUAUCCUCUCAGUUCCUGCAAGUGGCGCUGGUGUUGAGCGGCUUUUUAAUUGUGCUCGUGAUGUCUGUCACUAUCGUCGGGGACAGUUAAAGCCAGGCACAAUUAAAGAUCUAAUGCUCCAUCUCUUCUCAUCUAAGUUUGAUCUUGAACAAAGCGAGCUAGAGAUGAUUAAAGAGUAUCUCUCUGUCGGAGAGGCUGCUAUGCUUGAUCAGACAAGACAGCCUGUUCCAUCGCUUAAUGAACUCGAACCAAUUAGUGAUAAUGAAGAAGAGGGUUGCGAAGCAGAGGAUUUAUCUGAGGAUGAUACAGAUGAAUCUGAUAACGAGGCAGAAGAAGGGUUAUCUACCACGCAGCCUGUAGCUCAAACUAAGCAGGUACAACGGAAGCGGUGCCGAAGUAACACCUCUGAGGCUAUAGAUGAUGCUGAUAAUGGUCUCCCACUUCCCGAUAUGCCAAUUGAGAAGACGCAGGCGCGGUCAGGGAGGGUUCGGAAGAGGCCUAAGCUACCUGAGGGAUUUGAGAUUGAUAAGCUGUAA